AUGAGGCUGUGGCUGCUCGCAGUUAUCCUCUGCUGGCUCGUUGCUCAGACAGAGAACAAAACUCACUUUGGCUUGUUGGAUGGCUGCGUCAAGAAGAACUUUCACAUGCAUCAGAGUGUCUGCCCGGGUCCACCGCGCUUCUACUUUGCCUUCCAUCGCGUACUCUUCGACUGCAUUAGGCACCGCACAAAGUGUCCGCGUUACCACAAAUACAACGACUACGAUACGCUAAAGGAGUGCCAAAAGGAUUGUGCCCAGCUGAUGGUUGUGCCAGAGCUUAGCAAUAACACAGCGAGCGGGAAUGAAACAAAAACUGAUGGCCAGGAGAAACCAACCAAAUAACACAACAUGA